CUGGCAUUCAUUAUGCGCUUGCGCUGAAGUCUCUUUCCGUUAGAGAAAAAAAGGCUGUCAAUGGUCAAUAAUACGACGGCUUCUGAGUAAAGUCGUCGUUGAAGACAUAUUUUGUAGGAGAAAAUCGUUGUAAAUGUUUAUAAGUUUACAAUUUACACAUUAUAUUUUAGUACAAUGAGCCAAGAAGACGGUCAAGAUAGUGACAAAUCACCGGAUCAUUGGUUUUCUAACUUUGAAGAUGAAUGUUUAGACGAAUUAGAAACUCAAGGUAGAGUGGAACCUCGACUUCAGUCAGCAGAGGAACAUUUAACUCAACAACUUUGGUUGGGCUUCCAACACACAUCAACUGCUAUAGCGCAAUUGUAUAAUUAUAAAGGUAUAUAUUGUAAUAUAUGAUUUAUAAUAUUAUAAUUAAUUAUUUACACUAUAGAUAUAGACAAAUCCCAACCUUAGGCCUACGAUAUCAUCAAGUAUGAUUCAUGAUCAACUAAGAUAGAUCAAGUCCUCAACUGAUGCUCAAAAUUUAUGUCCACACGUCAUAAAUUUAAGGUUGAACUUUGGAGUACAUAGUUGAUUUGUUCCAGAACCUUCUUUGAGUACCAAAUCAAGUAUCAAGACAAUUUUUCAAAUAAUAAAGCUAGAUAGAUUAAUCCUUUUCCGGGUCCCACAAACUCUAGUCUUUUUCUUAAGUUAAAGUUCUCAAACCACCCCUACUCAGCCUACUGGCUUUAAACUCCUCCUUUUAGGUGCUUUAGCACUAAUAUCAGGCAGGCCUUUCACUAAGUGGCUGUGGAGGAAAUUUGCUUUUUCACAAAUUAUUGUCUCAGAAACCACACCCACAGCCAGUGGGUUUUCAUUAAUCAAAUUAAUCCAAACUAAGAGAAUCUUUUCCAAUCUCCUCCAUACCUUUUGAUCUCCUAGUGAUUAGUAUUGUAACCCCUUUUCGCCACAAAUAUUAUUGCAAGGGUGUUAAUUUAUUAUUUUCAAUAGGGGGUGUGGGGGUCAUUGGACUUCUUGAUCCAUGACACCCAUGUAGCGGGCGCCCAUGAAUAUAGCUUUUGCGGUAAUCAUUCAUAUAAUUUAUUCAUAGACAGCAUGUUAUGAUAGUAACUAUUUGAGUAUUAAACAUUAAUUAAAAAUCUGUUUAUGUAAUUCUUAGUGAGACAUAUCCAGUGCAUAUUACGCGAUGGGUAGAAUACAAUUCAAAGCACUCUACUGCAUAAUUCUCAAUGGGUAGAGUGCAGUGAUUCCGUUCACACUCGAAUAAUUGAAUGUUGCCUCAGUGGUUUCAGUAAAAAUAAAAUAUUAUUAAUUAUAAAAAUUAUACAGCUUUAUUGACAAAAAAAAUUAAUCAAACAUUAAAUAGUAAUGCUAUAUAAUAUAUGAAUUUAUUAAAUAUAACUUCAAGAAAAUUUAAUGAUAUAUUAACUCUUUCCAUGCCAGGGGGUUUUCCACGUUCGCGCCAGACCAGUAUUCGGGCAUGGGAAAUUUUUUAGGGUGCUCCUAUCUAUUAAUUAAUUUUGAAUACAUUUCUUUUAGCAAGAUAGCUUUAUUUCAUAUCAAAUUACAUGAAAUUAGACAGAGAAUAAUAAUAUGUAAAAUAUAAAACAAUUUAACAACAAUAAGUUAAAUUUUUUAGGUAAAAUUGUGAGAUAAAAUUUUUUAUAUUUUUAAAAUUGCACACAAAAUCUGAACUUAUCAGACUACCAUAUGGUCUGUGUUGCUGAUAUCCUAUUCUGCUUCAAUCCCCAAAAAGUAUAUCCAUUUUUGAUCAUAAUGCAUUUUACAUUUUGAAAAUAUUCCAUUUUGUUACGGAGUUAUACCCAUUUUUGUAACGUUAGGAGUAUUCUUAUCUGAAUCCUCACUGUUGCCAUAGUAACAAAGUGGUUUUGAAAAAAAUUCAUAACUUUUGAACUACUUGAGCUAGAAAGUUGAUCUGGGUGUUUUUUUAAUCCAUUCUCUAGGCUCUAUCCAUUCGUGGUAUUUUUAUAUUUUAAAAAAUGUUUUGAAAUUUUUAUGAAAUUGCCGACAGUACCACUAUUACUAGUAUUACUAUUACUAUCAGUACUAUCACCAUUCUAUUACUAUUUCCAUUUACCGACCCAUCAGAAUGCUGAAAAUCAUCAUUGGAAUCAGAUUCAAAUGAUUCAUGGUUAUUGUCUGUUGUUUCAGCAUCAAUAAUUAGCAAUAAAAGUUCUUUUAUUUGCAAAAUUGACUACCUACGUGGUCUAGCAACAGCUGACAUGCUUGGAGUGGGCGUAGCCAUGGCUUUGUUUACAAAAUUUUCAACAAAAAUCGAAAUAUUAAUUAGAAAAACACUCUCAAACAAGCCCUACUUGUAACAGAAAGGAAGUUGUAAGAGUUAUCCUUCGUUUAAAAACAAAAAAAGUCUGAUUAAGAGCCACAGGAAACGAAAUAAACUACAUUAAUGAUAUCGACAGUAUACUGUGGGUUGGCACGAACGUGACCACUCAAAUCGACAGUAUACUGUCGAUUGGCACUGAAAGAGUUAAUAUGAUAAUUUUGAAUGAACUGUGGCCGGUAGUAUGGCCUGCACCACCUUAUUUGGAGACCCAAAUCUAUUGAUUGUAGUUUUACAUAGAACUACUUUAAGAUUAUUACCGGUAAAAAAAUAAAAAUAGUUUCUUUAAUACUUGUUAAUUCAAAAGAAUUCUUUUGUUGCCCUCUCGGAUACUAUUUUUCAGCUAAUUGUUAUUUUUUAAUUUAAUUCUGUUUUUUCUGUUGUUUGCUUGCUGACAAAGGCUUCCUGCCGACACAUUCUUUCUUUUGUUGCGUUCAUUUUUCAGGUUUUCACAUUCUUUGCUUUAUUUAUUUCCCUUUUUGAUAACCUGAUUGCAGUAUCUCCCCCUUGUUAUCAAAGAAGAAGAGAGAGUAGAACACAACGCAGCCUCAGUUUUUUGUGUGUUUUAAUAUAGUAACAUUGGAGCUCAAUUACAGACAUUUAUUAGAUAUCAGAUAGAUUUAUUAUAAUCUGGUGACAGCGGAGUGUUGUCGAAAAGAGGUUGGAAACAGGAAGUGUCAGUUGUAUUGCGCUUGUGCAUUGUCACAAUAAAACAUUGAGCUCUGAGAAGCUGCAUAUAUUGGCUCAACAUGGCCAACCCAGUGAGCCCAGUCACUUUGAAAAAUAUAACAUAUUUAGUCUAUAUUCAAUUCAAAUCAUUUGGCGUCAUAGAGUGCUCAUCUACACUUUCAUUAGAAAGUCUUUUUUUUUAAUGUUUUUUAUUUUCUCAGCUCUGUUAUGUAGAUAAUUUAUAGAAAUCCAAACUAAUUCAGACUCAGAAAUCAACUUUUGGUGAAUGUAAUCACAUCAAUUUUACAUAGCAAAAUUAACAAGUCAUUAAGAUUUCAAAUAAAUUCAGAAAUUAUCUGAAAUGCAAAGAUUGCAUGCAUUCAAAACAUUGAUUUUUUAAAUGAAAAAGUUAUAUAAAUUAACUGUUUUUUUUUUCUAUACAUUAUUUUGGGAUUAUUUUUUUUUCUAUACAUUAUUUUGGGAUUUUUUUAAAAACAGUUUUUGAUCCCUCAGUUGGCAUGUAACAAAGUAGCUCUCAUUUUCAUACCACAUAUUACUAAUAAUUAGCAACCACCUUAUUAUUACAGUCGAACCCACUCAUCUUAACCUCGGUUUAACUUGCCAACGCUGUCAAUGUUUUUGACAUGGAACCGCCAAAUUCUCUAUUUGUCUAGCAUUUUCUCAUCGGCUACGUCAAUUCUUUUAUGUCGCCGAACCCUAAUAUCUCGAAAACAAAAGGGGGCCAAAUUUGCCACUUGACGUAGGUUAUCUUGAUCUCCAUGACCAAUCACCGGCUUUUGAACUCCGCAAGAAGAAAUAGCAAACAACAAAAAAGUUUUCAUAAUUAAAAAUAAGUACCUAUUUCUCAAAAUAUAGCACUUGUGUUUUAGAAUGAACCUAGAAGUUAUUUAAAUAAAUGUUUUAAUUUGAGGUUUAAAAACCCGGUAGAGUCCAUAUUAUAAAUGAUCAUAAUUUGCUGUGUGCAAAACAUUGUCAUGGGCAGCCAUUCACAGUCACUUGCAUUUUGGCUUCCUUAGCACUACCUCAGAGUUUCAUUCAUAAGAGUUAGCAGUGUGCAAAAACUAAUAAACCAUUAGUCAAGGAAAGCUUUAAUUAAAUAGUCAUGUGCCAAAGUUAAAGGUUCAAAAUAAGUAAUGAGGGGAUGCAAUGCCUUAUACUAAUAUAGUCAUUGCGCAUAACAUGAUCAGCAGAAUAAGGUGACAAAAUGUGGAGGCUUUGUCCAUGAGGGAAAAUACCAAACAAACUCGCACAUUAAAAAUUCGUAGCUCAAAAAGUACUCAAGCUAAAAAGUUGCUUCUGGUUUCAUUUUGUAAUUUUAAAUUUUCUCUAAAUAACUAAUAUUUAAAAAAAAAAUUUUUGACAUGUUUUUACUGAAGUACCUACAUUUAUUAAUGCACAUUAUGUACAUUGAUUAAAAGACAACAUUCUGGCUGUUGGAUACCAAUAUAAUUAUAUAUUUAGAUAGCAUUAAUAGACAUUAAUUGAAACUUUCAUGUUUAAACAAAAAAAAUUAUUUUGUAAAAUUUUUACUAAAACUUGUAAGUCUAUUAUUUAUCUCAAUAUUUUUAAAUUGCUCAAUUUGAUCAAUUUUCUAUCACAUCUUGAGUUUCUACAUAUUGCAAAUUUACUUUGCCCUAGAGGCUUCAGGGGCUAGAUAUUACAUAACACACCCUUUUGGUGAUUAUUUCCUUGUCAAUAUUUUGAUAUUUUGGUAUUCUUAAUCUAGAAUAAAACGAUACAUUGCUAAGGGUUAUCCUAUUUACUACUGCUUAGAUUAUGCAUAAGUAUUAAUUUGAUACCUUAUUUUGUGUGCACACAACAUUCCCUAUAUUGAAAUAUCACAAUACAGCAGAAAGAGGGGGAAAAAAAUUGUUUCAAACUAGAAAAAAAAUUAUAAAAAAAAAAUCCAGAUUAUAGCACUGGAUAAUGCUAUAUCUAAAAUGAAUAUGCUGUGAACAUUUAUUUACAACGGUCAGCAUUUCUAUUUUAAACUAUUUCAAACUAAAUGCAUUUCAUUUAUUUUGAAGGUGGUCUCAAAUAUGUCACGACUUUAUAAUGUGGAAUAGAAUUGUUCGUUUGUUUUAGAGACACUUUCUUUUCAGGCAUUUCAUGACUUGAACCUGAACUUUCUAAAGGCAGUUGAUUUCAAUUGCUUUAACAAUUUAUUAUAAAAUCUCAUCAAUUAUUUCAGAUGCAGCUCAUGAUGGUUAUGUUCUUUUGGUUCCUUUUAAUAAAGCUGCCGAAUCGUUGACAAAAUUUUAUAAAGGUAAUAAUUGGUGAAAUUUGACUAUGGAAGCUACUCGUUUACGUUUUUUAAAAACAUAUUAUAGAAAUUAUGUAGACUUUUUAAAAAGAGAUUCUGUGUCUCUCAAAGAAAGUUAAGUAUACGGUAGAAAUGUUUCACUAUAAUUUUUUUUUAAUAUUUAAUUUGUUGUGCAUAUUUGUAUAUUUUAGAUAGUCUUAAUAAUGCUCGUGAGUGCCUGAGACUUGGAGUACAGAGUGGAAGAAAUAGUCGCGCAAGAGAUAUUGCUGCUUGGGCAAGAAAAAAACGAAAGUGUAUACGAAGAGAUGAACUUUUGGCAUACUUGUGUGGAAAAAGUUUGCCGGCUCAUGCACACCAUCACAGAAACAGACAAAACAGAAGUAUAGAAAGACAGUUGCCACGUCGUUCUUCUCACCAGACAGAAACGAUUGAUUCAGGGGAAUAUCAAGUAAUGGAAGCAUAUGCACUGCAAGGUAUUGAUAAAUAUUAAUCUGAAUAUGAUCAAGUUAGUGAAACAUAUGAUAAUUAGGAUCAUGCUGUUUGUUAUGGAUUAUUUACAAUCAUUUCAAUAUUUUUCUCUGUACUAUUUGUGGGAGUGCCUGCCAAAGAGAUAUUCCAUCAGAGCUAUGAUUUGCAACUGGCAUACUGGUACAGCUCUAUUUAUUAAUAAAUGCAGCUAUUUUCAAUUACAUUUUUUAAAAAAUUUUAAAUACCGGGUAUCUAUAAUGCCAUUUAAACUGAAAUGAACAUUUUUGCAAGAUUUGAUUUAUUAGCAAUUUAUAGGAUGAAAAACUUUAUUUUUAUACAGUAUUUAAAAAAUAUGCUUAAGUUUAAGGGGUACUCAUUUGUUUUUAUUUUAAGUAUAUGUGGCUAUACUAUAAAAGAGUGCAUAAAUAUUUUAAUUAUAUUUCUUUUAAUGUGUUUUCUAAAAAUAAAUUAUCAGAAAGUAAAAUAUUACUUCAGGAGUCCCGUGCAUGACCACUACAUCAGACCUGCCAACCCUUGGGAUUUUGUCGGAAUUAUACAGAUUUUUCACCCCUCAUUUCAACCUUCCAACAAACUCCUUAAAAUGUCAGAUUUUGCGAACUUUAUAAUUUUUCACUAGAUAAAAAAAAUCCGAAAGCGACCAUAGAAAAAAAUAAAAAUAAAAAAUAUCGGGUACGACAGGAAUUUUUCCAUUUGUUUUUACAAAGUUUCUCUAAGUCCGGCGACCAAAGGAGUAAGUGAAUAAGUUCUCGAGAUAUUCGCCCUGCCACUAUAUUUUUGACCAAAUCACAGCGAGAUAUUAUGCGCGAGAUAUUUGUUCAUCAGCUUUGUCAUGUGACCUCUAAUUGUCAGAGUUUAUGGUACUUCAUUUCAACAAAUUCAAGAUAGUCUGGACUUUUACAUGGAAAAAUAAAUCAAUUCUACAAAAGAAAUACUAGAACCAUUGCUGGUAUAUAUAAUGAACGAUUGGUUAAAAGUGGCAUUGUUUUUUAUAAAUCGUGACAUGCCUGCCAGUUGAAUAUCUCCCGCACUAUUUGUCCGGUCGCCUGACAUGUAGACACUGACUUGUUUUUUAGCUGCAAUUGUAUGGGGAUGUUUUUGGGGGGGGGUGGGGGGUGUAAAAAUAUGUUUAUUAAUACCAUUGUACCCACCACUUUUAAUAGAUUUAACAAUUUAAUUAAGAAAAGCUUUUUUAAAAAAAGUCUGAAUUAUUUUUUAGCCUUGUAAAAGGAUGAACCACAAUCGGAUCAAUUGAUGAUUGACGAAUGAUUAGGAAAUCGCGGUUUGCUUCGAUAAAGUAUUGUUUCCACAUAGAUGGUCAUAUCUUAAAGCUCCAAGUAUUGUUUCCACAUAAAAUCAAAUUUUAGGCGGUCCAUAGAAUUGAAAUGUCUUGUUAAAAAUGUUUCUAGUAGUAGUAGAAAGAUGACUUCAUAUGUAAGAAAACUAAAGUGAUUCAUGUUAAAAACGGUAAAGACCUUAUUAGACAGAAUGGUUUUAAAAGCUAUGUGGAUACUCCAGGCCUAACCUCCUAUGGUUUACCAUAGUCUUCCUUACCCUCGACAAAUCAGCAAAUAUAAUAUUCUUGGAGAAUGUUAACUCACAAACUGUGGUCGGCCAAAAAAAUGGGCCAACAUUCUCGUUCUGUGCUGUGGUGGCCGAAAAAAACGGCCGAUAAAAAACACAGUCUGAAAGCAAUUUCCAAUCCAAUAUUUAACCGGAAUUAUAGCCACUUCCUUUUAUUAAUAGUUAAAUCAUUUUCCGGUUCAAGAUGUUUCGUGGUAACGGCAAAAUAAACACAUUUUAAUCAGAGUUUUAUUAUCGCUGUUUUUUUAAAGCUAAAAUGGAUGACGCUAUGGCUGGGCCUCCAGUGCAAGAACAAAUAGAAAUAUGUUUGAAAGCUUUUUAGGAGGGGUUUUAAGUGAUACUGAUGUUGAUUUUAACAUUCCUCAUGACGAAAUCAGUUGAGAUUAUUCUUUUUGUGAAUUUUUUACUAGUUUUAGUGAUACUGAGGUAGGCCUACUGAGGCUACUGUGAGACUUCGAGCGAGGCCGAAGGUUGGGCAAGGACUGACUGAAUUUUAGUCACAGAAUCUACAGAUUAUAGUUCAGAACUAAUAAAUUUUAUAGUUAAACAAACCUAAUCAGUUUCACAGUUCCUUUUUAAAUGUUUACUAGUCAAUAAUAACUAUUUUGCCUGAGAUUUUGUAUUUUGUACUUGGUUUUAGCAGUGGUCCCCAGUUUCUUAUAUAAAUGACCUAAAAUUACUAAAAUUGCUUUCAGAUGUUUAAUUGCAAUCAAAAGCUUAGCAACUAUACAUUUUCUGAAAGAUAAAUGAAUUGGCUACAACAUUUAGUUUUGUGUUUUAAGUGUAUCAUAAAAAUAUAUGAUGUUAUGAGCACUUGAAAGCAAGACAUUUUGUCGAUUUUUUUUCUUGAGAAUUCCAAGGUCAAGGACACUAAGCAAAUCUUUUUACGGGGUGGGCAAUACAGCCACCUUUAUUCCCAUCCAUUUACCUUUCUCAAAAUAUAUACUUAUUGGGGUAUUGUAUCAAUUUUUCAAUGUCAUUUAAUGCAAUUUCAAAUGUCACCCAAAAUGCUCUGAAAAGCUCCACACCACAGAAUAAUGCAUGUCACAGUUUGUGGGUUAAUAAAAAAUUCAAUUCAUUGUGAGUUAAUAAUUGAGGCAAAUAUUUAUAGUUGAAAAUGCCAUUUUCAGGUUUGAAUGGUGCAAUGUCAAAUAUAAACAUGGGCUACAACCGACCCAGCUCCACAACUUCCUGCACAAUGAGCUCAUUUUCUAGGUCACCUGCAGUUGAUGACAUUUUGUAUCAUGAUGACCGAGCUCGUAACUCAGAACACAGAAAACGCACUAGUUCCUCCUCAGCAAUGGAUGUCAACAUGGAAUCACCAUCCAGAAAACGGGGGAAAUUCCUUUAAAUCUAUGAAACAGGCAAAUGUUAUAUUGACUAUUUCUCAGCUUUGUAACAGGAAUCAUGGAUAGAUGAACAGCACGUUAACAAUUGCUAUGAGGUGCCAUUAUUUCAUCCUAUAUAUACUUUUAAAACUUACGGCCUAUUGAUUGAUUUGCAAGUUGCUACAAAUCUUAUACCAUAUUUCUCUCUAUGAUUAUCAUGGAACUUGACAUUGGUAUUAUUUACAUCCAAGUUGUCAGUUUUACUGAUGAACAUUUGGGAGAAAAUAAGGUGAACUUGUACAUUUAUAUUUUCAGUGACAAGAAACAUUGAAAACAGUAAUUAACAUCUUUAUAUAUUUGGUUUACUCAACAGUUCUUAUAAUAUAAUAGUUUACAUGGACAUUGUAAUAUUCCUUGUAACAUACAUGAUCAAGUCUUAGAAUUGAAGCACCCUCCUCUGGAAGAUAUUUAAAUAGUUCCAAUGUUAGUUCAAACCAGAGCAUUUCUAACAUGGAGACUGUCUUACAUUUCUGUUGAGAUUUUCAUCUCUGAUAUUGUUUCUAGAGGAAUGAAGCCCUCAUGACCUCUGUAUUUAUUAAGAAGGAGCCAGUAUGUAUAUGUGUUAACAAUUGAAAAGACUUGAAACAGUCUCAAGUUUUUUUAUAUUAAAGAAUACCUUAAAACAUGUUGCAAACUGUUUGAUACGUUUUGUUUAAUAAAAGAUAUUUUCUUUACAAAGAUAUUAUGGAACUAAUAUCAAUCAUUUUAAAACAACAUAAUGUAUUCGAAUGACUGAACAUUUUAGACUGCUUUUACUUGAUAAUUUCUAGUUGAUGAGUUCCAUUUAUGGCCGUGUUGUUUUACUUUGAUUUAAAUACAAAGCUACUUUCAGCCCAUCAUUAGUUACCUCUGUUAAAUAUAAUAUUGAAACUAUAUACACUUUGGGGAAUGGCAUGAUUGGUCUAUAUACAGAUUGUCGCGAAUGCUUUCAUCUUUGUUUAUACUACCCACCAGUGUAAGACUAAGAGUUAUAAGUUUGUAAUAAGCAAAUGUGCAGAGGUGAGUCAAGAAGAUAGUCAAAUAUUAGAACAUGGUUGGAUCUGUUCCACAUUCCUACAGAGUUGAUCCAUGUCACACUUGUAGCAAACCUGCUGAACAACUAUAUUUAUUCACAUUAAUGGGCCACUACAGAUUUGUAAAUAUUAUAUUGAAAUGGCAGAAAUAUUUUGACUCCAAAAAUUCAGCUCCAUUUUUGACCUUCUAAAAUGUCUUUGGUAGGUUUUAUCCCAUAUCCUUUAAGUUGGUUUAGUCACAAAGAAGGUAAGUGACAUUGCUUUUUUUUUUCCUUCUUUCGUGCACAAUUAUCUGGUUCAGAAAUUUGAUUUUAAACCAUGAUUGAUUCCUUUGGUCUUCAUGUAAAUAUAUUAGGGAGUUAUGUAACAUAUUGGAAGAGACCGUAAAAAUGUUUAAAGAAUACUGCAUCAGUUACGACAUAUUUUCAAUUUUAAAAUGCCCCUGCACAUUUUAAAAAAAAUCUUCAAAUUCUUUUUUUUGUUAUGUAAUCCAAUAAAUUUGUUAUGCUUUCAAUAAGAAAAAAGUGACUUACAUUACAUAUUUAUGUUUGUUUUGAUUUUGCGCUCGGCAUUACGAUUUCAAAAUAAGAGCAGUGAAUAUUGGUCAUUUAAAUAUUUUAAUCUUGAGUUACUCUAGCCUAUUUUUUAAUAGACAAAAUUGUUCUAUUUUGAUCAAUUAUCAUACGUUGUAACAUUAAGAUGGAUCAUUCAAAUUUUUUAUAAAUGACAACAUGGAUACUAAAUUGAUAAUACACCUAAAUUUUACUCUGCUGACACUGUCAUUGACAGAUAGAUGGUAUAUAAAAUUAUUUAAAAAAAAUAAAUUAAUCAAUGUUUGUAAAUUUCACUUCAAAAUGUUAAAAGUAAAAGUAAUUAAAUUUUAUUGUUUUACCGAUAAUCAGAAAUAUGAUUAUUUUAGAUAGUCCGAAAUGCUUAGAUAAGUGUGUCCCAAAGUCUUGGGUAAGUUUUGUUCAAUAGUCAUAUGUAGACUUUGUCCAAAAUAUAUUUGUGUAAAUGACAUGUUAUGUCAAGUCUGAGGUUGGUUAUGCCCUAGGUAGUUCUAUUCUAAAGAACUAGGUAGGUUUUGUUUAAAAGACAAGGAUAUGUUCUUAAAAAAAUUCUGAGGCAGGCUUUGUGAUGCAAAAGUGAUAUUUGACAAGUAAUCAGGACAUAACAAUGCCAUGAUCAAAGUUGGGUUGAAUACCAAUUGUAUGUUGUGCCUAGUAUCAAUUGUAUCAUUGAAUUGUGUGAGAUGCACAUGAAAGCUGGUGUCAGUAGUCUGAGAGGCACAUGAAAUAUUGAAAGCUGGUGUCAGUGGUCUGAGAGGCACAUGAAAUAUUGAAAGCUGGUGCCAGUAGUCUGAGAGGCACAUGAAAGCUGGUGUCAGUUGUCUGAGAGGCAGUUAAAAUAUUGAAAGCUGGUGUCAGUAGUGAGAGGCACAUGAAAGCUGGUGUCAGUUGUCUGAGAGGCACUUGAAAUAUUGAAAGCUGGUGUCAGUAGUCACUGAAAUCAUGGAAAUAAUGGUUGUCAGUUUGUCUACUAGUACUUGAUGGGGAGCUGGGAAAUGGCAGUUACUCAUUUCUUUCCAUGACUGUGAUUUAAAUAAUGUUUGAUGUAAUAUUGGUGUAUUUGAGAUUCAGCUUACAUUUCUUAUUCAUAUGGUAACAAAAUCAGGCUAAAAUAUUGGUUUUGAAACUAUAUGCCUUCCUUAUCAUGAAUGGAUGUGUAUUAAUAUUAUAUAUUUUAUUCAACAACUGAAAUAAAGUCAGUCCAAAGACAG